UUGGCAUCCGUGUCCAUUUAAAGCUCUCUUCGCUGUUUCGUUGUACCGCGUGUACGAGCUGAAAUUCUGCUCAUCUUAAAAUUACUUCACUGAACUUUAAAAUUAAAAAUGGUAUCUAACGGUCUCCUUGUGCCUCUUUUACAUGAAACUGUUUGGUUUGAUGCAAACAGAUAUAAUGAAGCUGAGAGACAGUUCUAUGCAGCAAGAUCAAAAUCUGGAAGUGGAACAUCCUCCGUUCAGCAACAAGUUUCAGGGAUGACAAAGUCCUCACUAGCUUCUGAGAUAGCACACGCUCGUGAGAAAAUACAAAAUUAUCUGAAAAAGUCAGGUGAUACUGGUAUAUCAGAAGUAGAAAGAACAGCAUCAGAUGUGUAUGAUCGUCUUAAGCUGUUAGAAAAAGAACGUUCAGAAGUUAAAAAAGAACUUGCAACUCUCUCGUCAAAGUUUAAUGAAAUAUGCACCAAACUUGUCAAUCUUGAAUCAGUUCUGCAGAAAGCAAACUUACUUCCAGCUACAUCACAGGGAGACAAGAAAUCUGUUCCAAUUGUCCAGAAUGGUCCAGCUGCUAAGGAAGACGAUGAUGAUGAUAUUGAUUUAUUUGGUUCAGAUGAGGAAACCGAAGAAGCUAUUAAACUAAAAGAAGCUAGAGUAAAAGCUUAUACAGAUAAAAAAUCUAAAAAACCAGCUCUUGUUGCAAAAUCAAGUGUUGUUCUUGAUAUUAAGCCUUGGGAUGAUGAAACAGACAUGAAAACCAUGGAAACUGCUGUUAGGAAAAUUGAAUCUGAUGGUUUAGUCUGGGGUGCAAGUAAACUUGUUCCUUUGGCAUACGGUAUCAACAAGCUCCAAAUUGUAGCGGUUGUUGAAGAUGAGAAAGUGAGCAUUGACUGGUUACAAGAAACAAUUCAAGAAAUUGAAGAUUUGGUUCAAAGUGUAGACAUUGCUGCCUUUAAUAAGUUGUGAUUUAAUAUUGUACAGAAUAUAAAUGAGUAAAGUGAUUUUUCUUAUUA